AUGGACAUAUACCAACUUGCACAAAAUAAAGAUAAAAAAUCUAUUCAUGCAUUUUUAAAAAAAUGCCUUGAAAGGACGAAUUUAGAGAAAGAAAAGACCCUUGAAGAGCUUUCAAAGUGCUUACGCGAUUCUCCUAGUGUUUACUUACCAAUUUUAGGAUCCAUAGUGUCUUGUCUCCAUUCACGAAAUUCACUGCACCUUGAUUUUGUAUCAUCAUUAAUCAAUAUAAUCUUCGUACAGAAUUUACAAUACCUUUCAGAUUUUCCUAGCUUCGGUGUACUUCUCUCCAGAUGCGUUGAACUCCUAUGGAAAACUGAUAUUGUACAUCUUGCUAUCUUGACAACAAAAAGUUUGUUUAGUGCAAUCAUUGAUGUAAACUGUGUCAUAGAGCUUUUAAUAUCAGAGUCACCUAGUAACCGUUGUCUUAAAAGAAUCUUAUUUGUUCAUAAGAUGAUAGAUAAGAUCGAAAGGGAGGAAUUAUUUAAAGCGAUGGAAAAGAUUAAAGCCCUCAUAGACAAAUGUUCUGAACAUGAUUGUUCAUUCUUGAUAGAAACAUUAAGAGACCACAAAUGUACAGAACAGCAGAUGAAAGAUUCAUUCCGAGAUUUAAUAGAAUCUCUACCAUGUCCUAAGUGUCACAAGAAUGCUCUUAUAAGUUUUUGCCCCGAUAAAUAUUCUUCGCCCCCUGAUGAGGAAAACACAGAUAUUGAAGCAUCUAAACGUCUUUUUCGCCUUCCAUUCGAAUUUGAUGAUAAUGAUAAAUUAGGGUCAUGGGACGUACUUCUUAGUGAAAAUGCCAUAAAAGACAUUCAAAAGUUAGGACCUGAUAUGAUUAAUGCAGUUAUGAAUAAGCUCGGACAGAUAUCAUUCGGAAAGUGGGACAAACAUGGAUUUCGAUGCAUAAAAGAUCAUAAUAUUCCUGUAUAUAUAGCUGAGGUCUCCAAUAAUGUAAUAAAUCUAAAAAUUCUCUGGCAGGUCGAUUAUGGAUUCUCGAUCCGUGUAUACGAAUUUACACAACUCGUGAAGGUUUGGGCUGUUGCCGAAAAGAUUGAUGAAAUAUUGGAGAACCUUGCAUUGGCACAUGAAAGUUAUACCAAAGAGCACAGUAACAAAUGUAUACACAAACUGAUUAGUCAAGAUGGCAGGAAUUUGCCUAUAAUUUUUGGAGGUGAGGAGACAACAAAGUCUUCUGAGGACGGACUACGUGACCCCCAGUUUGAUGAUGAAAAAUUAAUAGAAAUACACGAAAUGCUUGUUACAAAUAAAUUUACGCCUAUAUCAAAGUCAUUUGCUAACGGUGGUUCUGGUUUCACGUUUCAAUUGUCUAAGACUGAAUAUGAGUUCAUAAACCAUCCUACUUCGGCAAUUAUUAUUGGCCGAUCUGGGACCGGAAAAACUACAAGCAUCAUGUUUAGAUUGAUAGCUUCAUAUCUAACAAAUAAAAAAAGGCAAUUAUUUAUUACUGUGAGUGGUAAUUUACGUCGUUUGAUAAUGCAAUAUUUUAUUCGGCUUCAGGAAUCAGUUAUGCUUGCGGACGCGGGCAAUAAAACGACAAUUAAAAAUGAAUAUACGGAACAAUAUCUAAAUGAAAAUAAGAUUCCAAAUUCAUUCCGUCUGUUGAAAGAUGAACACUUUCCUCUGUUCAUUACCUAUGGCAAGUUCUCAAAAAUGCUUCUUGGAACUUAUGAAGUUGAUGUUCAAAAACUGAUUAAGCGACAAAAAUCUGGCACUGACGAUGAAGAGGAUACCUACUUUUCAUUUGACUACUCUGAUACCUUUGAUCCACAUUUUGUAAACUAUCGAAUUUUUACUAUAAAGUAUUGGCCUCGCUUGGGUGACUUUUAUACACAGAAAUUGGAUUGUGAACUAGUUUACUCUGAGUUUUCCGUUAUAAGAGGUACAGAUCCUGAAAUCGACUACUUAUCAAGGGAGGAAUAUAGAACUAUUAGCAUUAAGAGAUAUCCGACGUUUUGUCACGAUCGUGACAAAAUUUAUGAUUUAUUUUUGCGAUAUGAUGAAAUGAAAUCGCAAAAUGGUGAUUAUGACUCAACAGAUCGAACAAUGGCUAUCUUUCGUUAUGCUCAAAAACAUGCAUUUGGUGGUCCGCAAAUUAAUGAAGUUUACAUAGAUGAAUGUCAAGACAAUCAAAUUGUAGAUAUUUCGCUUAUCCUUAAACUAUUUGAUAAUGCAAAUGGCAUCUUUUUAGCUGGGGACAUAGCACAGUGCAUUGCACAAGGAUCUUCCUUCCGAUUCCAAAGUGUACGUUCAUUGAUGUAUACUUGGGAACUCAGUCGAUUUGAACGAUCUUUAACUAAUUAUAAACGACAUGGCACCAUAAGCCCGAAGCAAUUCGAGCUAAAUAUUAAUUAUCGCUCCCAUAGUCAAAUCCUUCAACUCGCUUCGUCAGUAAUUGAUCUCAUCUGGCAUUUUUUUCCAGAUUCAAUCGAUAAACUAUCAUGUGAACGAAGUGAGAUUGGUGGUCCAAAACCUGUAGUCUUUUGUGAGGUUCAGGCCAAAGAUCUAUUUGAUAACUUCUCUACAGAUAAACAAGGAGAGCAUUUAACUAACCGUAUUGAAUUUGGAGCCAAGCAGGUUAUUAUUGUACGUGACGAUGAAGCUAAACAUCAAGUUGAGGAACUAACUAAGGAUUCAGCAAUAGUAGAAACAGUGUUUAAUUGUAAAGGAAUGGAGUUUAACGAUGUUAUACUGUAUAAUUUCUUUACAAAUUCACCUGCAUGUGGAAAGGUAAUAUAUUUUAUUUUAAGAAUUACUAUAAAAAUUUCACUAAAUGCUAUGUUAUUUAAGUGGAGAGUAAUUCACUCCGCUUUAGACAAAAAUAAAGUGGGAGUUCCCACUUUCUCUCAUAAUAAAUAUUAUAUCCUAUGCUCUGAACUCAAACAACUUUACGUCGCAGUAACUAGAGGCCGGCGUAGCAUCUGGAUAUUCGAUGAAAAUGCUAAAUAUAGUGAACCAAUUCGCACAUAUUGGGAGCAAAAAGGACUUAUAAGGAUAAGUAAUGAUGCGAAAGAAAUCACUUUAUUUGCUAAAGAAAGCAGCCCCGAAGAAUGGGACGAAAAAGGAAAUGAAUUUUUGGAAAAAAAGAAUUUUAGACAAGCCACUUUUUGCUUUAAGAAAAGUGGAAACGAGAAACUUCGUAAUUUAGCCAAUGCAUAUCAUCUUCAACAGAUCGCCAGAGACUCUAUGAACUAUUCAGAUAACGCAACAAAAAAAAAGAAAUUUAUUUGUGCAGCUCAAGCCUUCAAAACAUGCGCAGAGCCGUUUUUGGAAGCUUCAUGUUAUGAGGAGGCCGAAAUGUAUGAAGAAGCUAUUAGUAUUUACAUUAGAUUAGAAGAAUAUGAACAUACUGCACGUUGUUAUCAUAAAAACAAUAAUUUGGAGAAGGCUGGUGAGUAUUUAGAAAAGGCAAAUAAGUACACUGAAGCCGUUCUCGCCUAUAAAAAUGGCAAAUUUUACAAAAAAGUAAUUGAUUUAAUGGAAAGGAAAAAGCAAGAAAUUAAUAAUGAUAAAUUCGAUCAAGUCAUCCUGUCCGUCUAUUUUCAUUACCGUCUAGAAAAAGAUGAAAAAAUAUGCAAAAGAAUUCUUUCGAUUCUUGAGACACAAGAUAAACGAGACGAGCUUAUUAUUGCGUAUGCGCAAGAAAUAGAGAUCAAGGAAGCUAAGGAACUGCGAUCACGUGGAAAUUUCGAAGAAGCUGCCAAUAUGUUCAUUAAGACUAUUAAAAGUUAUAAAAAUUAUGCUGAAUCAUUACAAUGUAUUUUAUAUCUAUGUAGGAUAAAUGCACUCAAUGUGAUAAGAGAAACUAUGGAUUCUAGUGUUCUUGAGAAGUUAAAUAAGCUUUGCGAAAAGGCAGUUAAUAUUAUUAAUGAAGCAAAGUUAAAGAAAGUUUCAUCGGAAAAGCCCCAGCAGUGGGAUAGCUUGAUAGAAGAGUUCCAACUUUAUAAAGCUUAUUUAAAUAACAAUCUCGAUCAAGUAUAUGAAUUCAUUAAAAAUCGUAGAGAUAUCACCACAGAGUUUUGUGCAAUAAUCAUUUGGCUGAAAAUUCCACAACAAAAUAUUUACACCAAAUAUCGCUAUAGAUUAGAAUGUUUACUUAGAUUAUAUGAAAUAUCAAUUCCUUUUAUGGUUCUUUAUGAUAAUGUUGGAACAAAUCACAAGGAUUUCGAAAACAUUUUUGCUGUGAACGCUGAGAAUGUGGUUAAUAAUUUGGAUAAACAACUUGCUCGUAUUUUAGGUAAAAUGAAUUUAAAACUAGGGAAAGUAGUUGAAGGAAUUCACGAAUAUUUCGAAAAAAUUUUUGCUAUAAGCACUAUGAAUAAUAAUCCAAAUAGUCGGAAAAUCUCUCAUGACAAUCCUCUUGUUCAUAUAAUUGAUGAGUGCGGAUUAGGAAAGGGAAAGUUAAUUGACAAUUAUUGGCAAGUUUAUAAAAAGAAUGUUAUUUACCAUGCGAUCUCGAAAACUCUCUCUUUGUAUAUUAAAAGACUUAUUCUAAAGAUUCAUAUGGAUGGUCAAGAGUUUCCGGAUAUAGCCUUUGAAAUAUGCAGAGAAUGUGCAUACCCGAAUAAAUGGGGUAAAUGUCAAAAUCCGAAUGAAAAAAAGCAUCAUAUUAAACCAACACAAUUGACUCUAUAUAAGCGUCUGAGACUUGCAUCUCUUCAGUACACUGCAAUACAUCAAUUAGACGCAAUAAGAAGAGAAUUUAAAGUCUUUGAAGAUAUUAUGGUUUUGGGCAAUUUUCUUAGUGAGUUUAAAGAGUUUAAAAGUUUGCAAUAUUUUUGGGAGAAUAAGCUGAUUAGAAAUCAUUAUCGCUAUCGAUCGUCGCAACUAAGCUGCCCAGAGGCAACUGAUUUAGUGAUUUCUGAAAUUCGUGACAUGACAUAUGAUGAAUUUAAAAUUGUAAAUAGCAAAAUAUAUGACAAAUUUACAUACAACGACAUCAAUGAUUUUGCAACAAUAUUAAAAUAUCUAUUCGUUUUAAUCCAACGACAAAGUGAUAAUUUGAUCGAAUUCUGUGAUAAGGUCUCAGAAAUCAAAUGCAAAUAUGAAGCGAUUAAGGAUUCUAAACCGAUUGGGAAUUCUGUGGCGGUUAAGGAUUCUGAGGCGACUGGGGAUCCUGAGACGACUGGGGAUCCUGAGACGACUGGGGAUCCUGAAACGACUGAAGAUUCUGAGGCGAUUGGGAAUUCUAAGGUGAUUGAGGAUUCUGAGGUGACUGGGGAUUCUGAGGCGGUUAGGGAUUCUGGGGCGGUUGGGGAUUCUGAGACGACUGAAGAUUCUGAGGCGAUUGAGGAUUCUGAAACGAUUGAAGAUUCUAAAGCGAUUGGGAAGAAACUUUCAUCAUUUAUUUUGUCAAUAUAUUUUAAAGAUACUACACGUAUUACCUUUAACGGCAUAUUAAAAUUCAUUGGAUAUAUAGUUGAAAAUAAUAAAUCGGUUAGGUUAGAUUCUUUUGAAGCAUUCAGUGAUCUUAUUUCACUCAUAGAGCUCACAACUACUUUUAUUUUUGCAAUUCAACUAAAAAAUUUCGAUUUUUGUCUUCCUCGAAGUUAUUUAGUUAACUAUCUUAAUCCAUUCAAAAUUAAUUUAUUAUCAAUUCAAUGUGAUGAAGAUGCAGAUAGUAUAGAAGGCAACCUUAAAAAAAUGCUCAAUCAAGUUAAAAAAAUUUUUGAAUUAUUAAUUACUACAAAGUCAUUUCACACAACAAUUAUUAUUAGAUUGAUACAACAUCUCGUCCUCAUCGGCCUGAAUGAAACAAAAUUGAUGAAACAUAUCCUUGAUAUUUUUAAGUAUCUGUUUAAAAAUCUUAAUUCUUUUAAUUUUAAGAAAUACAUUCGGGAAAGCAAUAUAGAAAAGUUGGUCAGCAUUCUUAAUGACGAUCUCAAAACAGGAUGCGAUUCUCUAGUUAUUAUCCGAUACUUGCAGGGCACGUCAAAAUUUUCUGACUUAGAAAGAAGCGUUAAAACAAUCAUAUACAAGGAUGAUAAAUUUUAUUCACAGCUUCGUCAAAGUUGCAAAUUUAUCCGAUUGCAACAAGCUGUUGUAACUAUUCAACGUUGGUUUCGCCAGCUUAAGAAGUAA